UCAUUGCUAUUGUUUGCGGUCUACGCACAGGAAGAGCCAAUGUGGUGCCUCAAUCUAUGGCACAUAUUUCCUGGCCUUUAUGGCCAAUGUAAUUGAUUGGGUUUUUAGCAAAGGCACUCAAACACAUGAACUAGUCUUGCUAUUUCAACGUUCACAAAUAACCUCGUGUCCCAUUAAACCAAGAAGAUAUUUAUGCAAUUCCUUGUUUAUUUACUGGAUUAAUACCCCCUUUAAAACAAAAAAAACCCCUAUAGUUUCUAAAGUGGCUUACAAUAUUCAUAAAAUGCAAUUUUUAGAAAGCAUCAGAGGAGCAGGGACUGAUCUUUAUGAGUAUUCAGUCUUCCCAUACUCUAACACAAUUUGGAGGAUAAAGUUUAACAUGUAAGGACAAGUAAUCUGGCCAGCUGGAAAUUAUUAAUCUGAUCUAAACUGCCAUGAUUUUACUACCUAAUUAUAACCAGGUAGAUAAAAAUAUCUUAACUUGGCAUGAAAUCUGUCCUUCCUUGGCUUACUCAAGCUGGGGAUUUCCAAAUUCUAAAUAUAACAAAGGGAUAUUGUUACUUGAACUACCAUGUCUAAACGGUACAAGGGAUAAAUAAACUCUCCUCUAGAAUCUCUAGGCAAUACUUAAUCAAGAAAAUGGAACAAAAUUAGCAAAGCAGUUAAUGAGGUUCCAUGUAAUUAAGUGUGAGGAGACAUUUUAGAUUUUAAAAAAUCCUUAUAUGACUGACCAGGAUGCAGGCUCUUGGGCUCAUGGUCGAUACCUCAAUGAAAAUGUCAAUUCAGUGUCUGGCAGAGGUGAAAAAAGCAUAACCCACCCUAAGAUUUAAGAAAGGGAUUGAACACAAAAGUGCAAUUUAAAUGAUUACAAGGCUGGGAAAAAACUAAAGAACUGGAAAGUUUCAGCUUAAUUUAUGGUAGAUUUAUAAAAUUCUACAAGUUUAGAAAAAGUGGUUAGAGAGACGUUUUUCUCUUCUUGGAAAAUGCUAGAACAUGGGGGCACCUGGCGGAAAUUAUCAACAACAGUUUCAGGAUAGACAAACAAACUACAUCUAUAUACAGGGUCUCCUUGUGGAGUUCACUGCCCUCAGAUGGCUUUAGGGAAAACCAUAACUAAGGUAGAUUUUGGAAAGCAUGGGAUAAAUAAAUGGACUAUCAAUAAAUAUUAGCAAUGAUAGCUGAAUGGGACCUCCAUGUUCAGAGGCAGCCUAUCAUUUGCAGGGAAGGGGAAGCACAGAGGGUGGCUUUAUGUCCUUCAUGUGGGCCUACUGGAGUAUCUGGUUCACCAUUGUGGGAAGCAGGAUGCUGAACUAAAUGGACCAUUGUUCUCAUCUAGAAAGACUCUUCAAGUUUUAUGUCCUUAGCCUUUUGGAUUUUCCUCUUCUUGUCCCUUUACACAACCUCUCAAUGACAUCACUGAUUGUUUCGACUUCCCCUUCGUUUGAGCUAAACUUCCCUUCCCUUAUCCAAAAUGAGAAAACAUUCCUCCUACUGUCAAUAUACAUAGUCAAGUGAUGAUGUGAUUAUGUAUAUGACUGUGAUUAUGUAUAUGGCUGAUAUGCACAGGUGUAAGUUCUUGGGGAAAUCCCCACAAUUGCAGAAUGGAACACACACCCUUUGGUGAAUUCCCUGAGAUCUCAAGCAAGUGUUAUAAGAAGGAUGACUGAAGCUGAAUGCAUCAGAUCAGAACAGCCACCUCAUACAGGUAUACACAAACAGCAGCAUAGUAAUGACUGGCCUGAGCAGAAUGAACAUGGCCUUGGGUAUUUUGUUGGGCUUGUUCCUAUUCUUGGACACUGGUGAAGCCCAAAGUAACCAAGAUUGCUGCCUCUCUUAUACGAAGAAACCUUUUCCUCUAAGGUUUAUUACUGGCUUCACAAAACAACUUUCUAGUGAAGUUUGUGACAUCAAUGCGAUCAUCUUUCAUCUGAAGAAAGGAGGAAGAGUCUGCGCAAAUCCUCAAGAUGGUUGGGUGAAGAAACAUCUCCAUCGGCUGAGCAAGAAGAGGAAAAUGUCCAAGAAAAUGUCACACUUACAUGGUUUCUAAAAUGGAGCUAGAGACGGAGCCAGAUCAAAUGACCUAGAAUAGGUUGGAAUUGUUUAAUUGUACACUGUUGUGUGCUUGCUGACUGCUGAUCCCUGGAUUGUCUGGAGCCUCCAAAGGAGAUCCAUAUUGCAGGACUGACCAUAAACAAAGUAUCACUUAAAAGCUGUGUUGUUCUCUUACAUAGGUUCACAUUUUGUGACUAAUGGAUGUUUAAAUUGUAUUAUAUACAAUAUGUGCAUUAGUAAGGAAUGGUACACAUCCCUUCUCUCACGUGAUUUUCAUACUGUUACACAUCACCAUUGCAAGUCAAUGAUAUUACAGUAUGUAUUAAAAGUUCUUCAUAACAUUUGAUUGCCUAUAUUUCUAGACUGAGGUUAAUGUUUUGACUUAUUAUUCAUAGAAGAAAUAUAUAGGUAUUUAUAAUUUUGAUAACAACAUAUUAAGAAUGUUCAUAUAUAAAUACUGAAUGCAAUAUUUCUAUUGGAACACUUUGCGUACAUUUGAAAGAGACCGAAAUAUGAACAAAUAAACUUUGUUUGAACAUUA